GUUGUUGCUGCUGUUAAAGCUUUAAGGAUGAUAUCGAUCCAGGAGCAGAAUUUAAAAGAAACCACAUCAGACGCGACAGUUUCUUAUGUUCAGCAGCUCAAUGGACGGAAGAGGUACUGCUCGCAGAUAUUUCAAAAGCAGUUUGUUGAAAUUAUUGUAUGUAAUGCAAUGAUAUUUGAACGUACAGUGGCCUGCAAUUAUCGUUAAUUUGAAUUUGAAAGGAUAUACUUUAUACACACUGUAUAUUGGUUAAUGUAACACUGUAUAUUCAUGUCAUUCACAUAAUAGUCGUACAAUCAGCGUAUUAUACACUGGUGAGUUUGUAGUUAGUACUUGUAUUGUAUGAUUGUCAAAUACAAAACGUAACAUGUCACAAAGAUCGUCUCCCAAGUUCAUCUCUUUCCUCAACUUUGCAGAAAUGUUGUUAAGUUAUUCCCUGGUUGUUACUCUGUUGGCUCUGUGGUAAAAGCUGAUCUUAGUGAAGAGCAAUUGGCUGCAUUAAAUCACCUCCUUCCUGGUGCAGCAGUCAAUGUAGCUGAUUCCUGGUCGUUUAACAGGAUUAUAUAUGGUGAACAGAUCUUCUAUAGCCAGAACCACAGUAUGGAAAAGAAGCUUAUGGGUUAUGGGUUUAUCAUAUACUUUCUUAAAGUUAUUUUGGCAAACCAGGAGGAGCAACCCUAUUAUCUGGCUGCUAUUAAGAACUUGCAGCUGUACAAAGAAGAGGAAAUAUUAGCAGAUAUUACAAUAUCCACAAACAAUCAUGAACUUGGUGGACACUUGAAACCUUGCAAAUAUGACAGGUAAAUAUAUAUUUGUCAAAACCAUUGAGGAGACAAGGGAAAGAAAUUUUCUAAUGUGAAUGCAUCUACAUUCAAAUACGACCUCUUCUCCUCCCAGUUCAAUGUUGCCCACAAUCCACCCCAAAAUGAUUUUCUGUGAUUCACAAACAUUGACUGGGGCGGGGGGGGGGGGAUAGACAACAUGUAUUUAGGAAAUUAAUGAUCUCCCAGGAUUGCAACAAAAUAGUUUUUUAUUCAUCUUCUAUAACGAGUACUUUUUAUUCACCAGUGCAGUUGUAUUGAUAAUUUUAUUCAUAAUGAGUGAUUUGUUGAUAUUUCAUUCAUUCUUUUGUGAUUAAUUGCUAAUGUACUGUAACCUUUUUGUUUUAGACACAUACCCAUUUUGUUUGUUCAUAUUCAUGAUCUUGGUCAGAAACAAGUUGCAGUUGAUGGUCUGCCAUCUGGGGUAAUUUAUGUAAUUAACCCACCAAAUACACUGGAGAUGGAUUAA